AGUCCAAGAAUCAGUUCCAUGCCGGUCUGAGUAACGUCGCGUCAAUUUAAUAUACAAACGUGAACUUUCGGCAAUUAGGAUGUCCUGAUGGAUUUUGGAACGUAAAGUAUGUUCGGUGCGUCUGUGAUAAAUUCUUCAGUUAGUUGUUCGUGUGAAAUUAGAUUGAAGAAAGUGCUAGCGAUCGGUUAAUAAUGUGCAUAUCUAAAUAAUGAGUUGUUCUGAAGUUAUGUACCAGGCAUAUUAUCCGUAUUUAUAUCAAAGAGCUGGAGCAGCUCCGCCAGUGUCGGCGCAUCCUGUUCCAAGAACAGGGCCUUUUACUUCACCCUUCGGAGCUGCCCACCAAUAUGAUAGGUUCAACGUUCAACGCCUCCAAGACGCCCACUCCUUAUCCCAAGCUGCGGCGGUGGCGAGUUCGAGUAACGGAAGUGCUUCUUCACUCGGUGGUGGCGGUCUCACCGUUCCCGGUAGUCUCGAUAGUACUGCGGGACAUAGUGGAGUAUCGGGGACAGGUGGAGCGCAUCCCCUUUACCUACAGGGAUCUGCGCAUAGUUCGGGAGGAUCUGUUAGUUCGGCGGGGGGCGGUUCACCUACUAGUCCACUUAGGCCUGGGAAAGAAGAAGACUGUAGUUUACAUGGGAGGAGUAGUACCGAAGAUCCACAACCAGGUGUGGACGACGACGACUCCCAGGAAGCUGCUAGUUCUAGGGCUCAGUACGUCUCUGCGAAUUGUGUGGUUUUUACGCAUUACCAAGGCGAUGCGGCCUCCGUAGUUGAUGAACACUUUUCUAGAGCUUUAGAUAAAUCUUCAUCACAUACCAAGGAAACCUCCCCUAUGACUGCACGUAACUUCCCUCCCUCCUUUUGGAAUAGUCAGCACUUCGUCGGUGCAUCAAGUACGUCUCAUCACGCUGCAGAUCUCUAUUCAGACCAUUACCAUCCAGGGGAUGCCUGGUACCAAUACAGCCAACACCAUAGGGCGGUUCAUGAUUACCAUCAUCACAAUAUGGCAGCCCAAUAUGGAGGGCUGUUGCUUCCUGGUUCAAGACUGCAUAUGGGCUCUCACGCACCUUGCAAAGCAAUGGACUGGCAGCAUCCAUCUAUUGAAUCACCAUAUUCUUCGUAUCCGACUAUGUCAGGUGAGAUAUUGUUGAUAUUAUUAAUUCCAAGCUGGAAUAAAACAGGUUUUUUUUACAAUUUAUUGGUUAAAAAUAUUAUUUUAAUCUAUUUUCAUUUGUUACUAUACUAUACUAUGCAGUUGUAGUAAAAUAGACCACGAAAAAGAGUUCACUCUUAGAUUCCAAGAAAAUUCUUCAAUCCGAGGGCUCUUGUUGUAAAAGGUACAUAUUUUUACUAUAAAAAUAUAAAUGUCAUUUUCCAACCUAUUCGUCUAAUUCACGUCCUAGAAAAGUGUUCAUCAAGAUAUUACCUUAUAACUACUGUAGUGUAAAGUCAUUUCUACCGUUCUUGAGCUACGAGGCACAUUGAAAAAUAUAACCAAUUCGGAUAGAUAAGACUGGGAUUUAUGUAAGUAUAUCCGAGAUGGCUGCUGACCUUAACUGGAUUCCUAGAUGCUGGAGUUGUAUUUUGUUGUGGUGCAUCGAUUAAAUCCUUUGAUGAACUCCCAAACUGCAAGCUUUAGAACUGCGAGAAAAAAAUAGGGGGAAAUUGAAAUACAGAUGUAAAUUACUGAAAAAAGAUCGAUUAGGUAGAUUUGAAUAAAAAGGUGCUUAUACUCUAACAUAUGAAAAAAGUGAAUUUAUAUAUAUUUUUUAAAUAUAACCAAACAAAAUUUUGUUCUGUUCCCCAAAUAAAAAGGAAGGUCGAAUUUACACGAAAAAUAUACAAAAUUCACUUAAAACAGAAGGAAAUUGUUGAUAACUGAAAUUUUGUGAGCACUUAGAUAUAAAGAAUAAAGAUAUUUAAAAAAUUUACCAGCGAAUAUAAAGGAUGAUAUCACCACAAUUUUUUCUAAAUUUAAUUAUAUUUGUUGUAGAAAUAGACAGAUAGAGGAUGAUUUAG